AUGCUCCCAACCAUCCCCAUCCUCGCCCUCUUGGGCCUCACGGCCGCAUCGCCACUCUCAUUCUCAUUCCUCAUGUUCCGAGAUGAAUCGCUCACGGAAGCCCAAAUAAUCGCCAUCGCUCCGACAUCUGCAAACUGCGAUAACCCUCCCGCUGAAGGCGAAUGCGCAACCGCGAAAACAGCAGCCAAGUUCACCGCUCAGUCCUUCGAUACUUACAAUGUCACUUCCAAGGCUGAACAAGCUGCUGUUAUCAGUUUGAUGGCGUUUGAGAGUGGUGAUUUCAAGUAUAAUAAGAAUCAUUUCCCCGGUGUUGCAGGGCAGGGAACACGGAACAUGCAAUCCCCCGCCUACAACAAGGAAUACGCAUCCUCUAUCUCGGCGUUGAAGGACCAGGUCGCAAAGGUCAGCGAUCCGGCUGAGUUGUUGGAUCUGUUGCGCGCUGAUGAGGUGUAUGAUUUCGGAUCUGGGGCUUGGUUCCUGACUACCCAGUGCUCGAAGGAUGUGAGGUCGAAGCUGCAGGCUGGUACUGAGGAGGGGUGGCAGUUGUAUAUUAGUGAUUGUGUGGGGACUAGUGUCACGGAUGAGAGGAAGGAGUACUGGGAGAGAGCUGUUACGGCUCUUGAUGUUUAG